UGCACACACCGUGAACUUUCACCCCUCCAGACUGUCUUGUUUUGAUAUAGCAACCCGUCUCUUCGUGUUUACGUUCAACAAGAGGAGCGAUAAAAAUACAUUCUGACUUUUGUUUUACAAAAAAAGACGAGAGAGGAGAAUAAUGGCGGUGUCAAAUACAAACCGGCGCUUCUGCUGACAAAUGUUUUUUAUUCCGAAGCCAGCGUUAGCUAUGAAGCUAACGUUGCGAAUGGACGUGUAGCAUUGCCCGACAUGUUUAGUAGACUUAUUGGAUUUUUGUCAUUGCGUCGAGAUAGAUCACCGAAAAAGGAUUUUCCUCAACCUUGAAGAUUAGGAUAUACCCAUCCCUUUCUUUCAAUGGGUGAGGAAAAGCCAGACACGUUGGACUUUGUGAAGGAUUUCCAGGAGUAUUUGAGCCAGCAGACCCAGCAUGUCAACAUGAUAUCAGGCUCUGUUAGCGGAGUCAAGGAGGCGGAUGAACUACCUGCUGACUGCAGUCAGAACGGGCUGGAUCACCCCACGGUGGACAUGUCUCUAGAGGACAACUCUGGCAUCUUGGUGGAUGGUUUUGAGAGAACCUUUGAUGGCAAGCUCAAGUGUCUCUAUUGCAACUAUGCUACCCGAGGCACAGCGCGACUCAUUGAGCACAUUCGAAUGCACACAGGAGAGAAACCCCACCGCUGCCACAUCUGCCCGUUCGCCUCAGCCUACGAGCGCCACCUCGAAGCCCACAUGAGGUCCCACACAGGCGAGAAACCGUACAAGUGUGAGUUGUGCUCCUUCCGCUGCAGCGACCGUAGCAACCUGUCACAUCAUCGGCGGCGGCGCCACAAACUCGUCCCGAAGAAGGAUGCCCGUUCACUAUCGCAUAAGAAGAUGCUUAGUGUGCUACAGAAAAAGGCGAGCUCGCUGAGCUACGGCCGCCGCCUCCUCCUAAACUCCUGUCCUCCUUCUGUGGUCACCCCCAGAGUUGACAAUGUCGGCGAUUGCACCCAUGAGCUGCCUCACUUGCGGCAGGAGACUUAUGAUGAUCUGAGUCAAGCAGAUGAGGAGGGUGUCUCCAAGAAUCCAAACCACCAUCAUCCAGACCUAAUCAUGGAUAACCCCCUGAGCCAGCUGUCCGUUUUGGCGGGCCAGUGUGGCAGCCUUCCUUCAGCGUCUCCGGGAGCAAACUCCAUCGUCGACGAGAAGCCCCUUCUUAUCCAGCAGCCCCUUUCUGCCGCCGCCCUCGUGGCCGUCACAGCCAGCGCAGCACACACCUCCUCCUCAUCCCCGAUCACCCCGGAGCCACGCGCCCCGCCACUCAGCAAUUGCAGCCCCGCAGGAGGAGGACCCUGCAGCGAGCACAGCGGUCGCACCAGUACCCCCGGUGUCUCCAACAGCCAACCUAGCACCCCUGCCCCCGGCCAGUCCGCCCCCCUGCAAAACCCCCACGCACUUCAUCAGUGCCAGCACUGUGACAUCUACUUCCCGGACAACAUCCUCUACACCAUUCACAUGGGUUGCCACGGUUACGAGAACCCAUUCCAAUGCAACAUCUGCGGCUACAAGUGCAAGAGCAAGUACGACUUUGCCUGCCACUUUGCUCGUGGGCAACACAAGUGACUCGCAAAACGGCUUUUGUUCCACUAACUUUACAGAAAUUUUAUUUAUUCCUCUUUUUUUUCAUUGCCUUGAUGUAGCUUGUAGCCUUUCUGGAAGACAUCACUAAACGGAUGGAUCCUUGUUUAUGAUCAGUGCCUGUCUUUCACUGGCAUUGGUGGUUGGUGAAGAAGCCUACAAAGGAGUCUUAAGGCCACUUGAAAAAGAAUCUGCAAUAAAUUUAUAUUUAGCACAAUAUUACAAGAAUAAAAAUAACAAAAAUAUUCUGAAUACUCUAGGGGUGGGGGGGAAUAAUUUUGCGAGGAUAGGAUUAGUCAUUAGACCACAAUUGGAAAAAACAAUGAAAUCAUAAAAAUGUUUUCACCACCUUAAUUUAGAAAACCAGAUAAAAGCACACACUUUGUUCCUCAUUACUCUGAGAAUGAAAAAUAGCACUUAAAAUGUGUCAGUCAAGUUUAUUAAGUCAAGUUUAUCUAUGUCAGUGUGUGUGAUCGCUUACGUUUUAAUCGCAUUUGACUUUCUGGCAUCUUUGUUUACACAUUUUGCCUGGCCCUCGCUGCCUCUCGAGUGGAAGCUAGUAGGAGACAACAGGAGGCUUGACAUUUUGGUCUCUCAGUUUAAGUGCUUACAGCAACUUUGCCAUUAAAUGAACAAUUUUGCAGUGUUCUCGGUUCAUGUUCUGGUGGUGAAAAUUAUUUCUCAUAAUAUAAAAUUCCAUGGCGGCACGGUGGUCUAGGGGUUAGCACGCAGACCUCACAGCUAGGAGACCAGGGUUCAAUCCCACCCUCGGGCAUCUCUGUGUGGAGUUUGCAUGUUCUCCCCGUGCAUUCGUGGGUUUUCUCCGGGUACUCCGGUUUCCUCCCACAUUCCAAAAACAUGCUAGGUUAAUUAGCGACUCCAAAUUGUCCAUAGGUAUGAAUGUGAGUGUGAAUGGUUGUUUGUCUAUAUGUGCCCUGUGAUUGGCUGGCCACCAGUCCAGGGUGUACCCCGCCUUACGCCCGAAGACAGCUGGGAUAGGCUCCAGCACCCCCCGCGACCCUCGUGAGGAAAAAGCGGUAGAAAAUGAAUGAAUGAAUGAAUAAAAUUCCAUGUAGCCUACCACCACAGCUUCAAAAUUUGUAUUGUAUUCUAAACUUGCUUCUUUUCAGUGUGGCCAUAAUACUUCUUUGUAGAACUCACACAAUACAACCAGAAGCGGGGUUGUUUUUUUAAUUUUUAUUUUUUUAGGAAUGUCUCCUCAUCUCUUGUGGAGCUAAAUCUAGAAUGUUGCCUCGCUAACACAGUAUUUCUUUGCAGUGCCUGACAUUUUUAAUCUUGUGAGUGAAGAAAUUGGAAACCAUAGCAAAGAAACGUGUUUUACGUUAUCUGUGGAGGCCUUUAUUUUUGCCAAAAUCCUCCUCCGUGAAUGCUGCUAUGGACCCUUGAGAGUAAAAAACCUGGCUAAACAUGUCUGUGAGUAGAUUUUAAAGGGGACCUAUUAUGCUUUUUUUCCACUUUUCUAACCUAUAAAUGUUGUUAUAAUGUUGUAUUAUCGUGUUAAACAAUGCCAAAGUUUCAGAUACUGUGGUUUGUGCAUUUUGAGACCAUUUUCUAAAUCCAAGCAAACAACAGCUGGAAUAGGUGCAGAUUCCGGAAGCUCCAGACAGCUUUCUGUGCGGGUUAUUGUGUGUAGCUGCUCUACAGGAGUCCACAGCUCAAUACAAAGGGCCCAAAACGAGCAUAACAGGUCCCCUUUAACAAACUUUACAGUUACGAAUGUUUUUAACACACUGAACGUUUUGCUGUAGUUUGAAGUCACUUUACAAAGAGUCUACCCACGGCCUUGCAGCGUAUUUAUUGUCAUACCUAUCCUUCUCGAAUAGGUACUGCAUAUUGUUAUUCCAAGUGGUCGGAUCAAUGUUCGGUGUCAGAAUCGUGUCGCAGUACGUCUGCUACAUUAGCAAGGUUGUCCUAUGUGUCGGGUACUGUUGUGUGUUGCUAAGCAACGUGUGUAGUUAACUUGCCUUGAAUGAAUGCCUUAUUCUGUCUUUGUCAAAGUCCUUACAUCCUUUGGGAUGCUAAACGAUGUCUUGAAUUCAUUUCACUAAUUUAUAAGAAGUAAAGCGUUUUCUAACUGUAAGUAGUGACGAAAACACCGGGGUUGUCUUUGAUGCAGCUUUUAAUCAGGUAUUGUAAAGAAGAGAAAAGGUGAGUGUGUGAAUUAUUAUCGAAUGUUUAUGAUUGAAAUGAGCUGAAAAUGAUGACGUUAAACUGUAUCUUCUGUUGCAGCCUCUUUCUUUUCGCCAGGCUCUGAGGGCAAGAAAGGACAAGUAUUACUUCACAUACUCUCCGGGCAUGAACACCAAUCGUCUACACAGACCUAUGAGCUGGAUGGGACCCAGGACCAGAGUCUGGCUCUCGUGUUCCGGGCCCACGUCUCUGGCCUUGCGUCUGAGACAGCCCUGUCUGCAGCGGGAGUUCCAGUCAUUGUUUUGACAGAUCAGGACUUUGCACUGGAAGUAGACCUUCUCGGCGCUACGCAGGAACUGGAAGGCCUUGAAUGAGAAGCGAGCGUAGCGGCGGGUGCCGCUGAUGUAGGUAUGAUAAGUGUUGUCUACAGAACACCUGCACGGGAACACAGGGGAGUAUUGAGCGAAAAACAAGGCUAAUUAAAUUGGAUGAAUGCUAGCAUAAACUCAUAAUCUUACAAGACGCAAAAUAGGAAAAUGUGUGUAGACUACAAAUAUAAGACGACCCUACUAAGUAACGUCUGCCAUCUUGUAGUUAUGGAAAUGGUAAUGGUUUAAUUUCAUUUGAACAUGCAUCAGAUUACAAUUGAAUGCAUCACAUAAUAAGUUCACAGUUCCACAUGUCCAAAAGGAGUAGGAAGAAGCAAAGCUUAUUAAAUCCUACCCCUCCAUCUUGGUACUUUUACAAUCAGUAACUGUUACAUUUGUUCACUUCCUGCUUUCCAUAAUACAUUCAUUCAUUCAUUUUCUACCGCUUAUCCUCACGAGGGUCGCGGGGGUGCUGGAGCCUAUCCCAGCUGUCUUCGGGCGAGAG